UUAACCAACCAACCUUCCUUCUUCAAGUUCCUUUUCUCUUCUUCAUCUCUCUCUCUCUCUCACAUGCGGAGGUUUUCGCAUCUGAACAAGCAUUCAAAGCUGUCCGUUUCUCACCCGCGAGCUUAAAAUUAUCAUUUUGAUCAUUCCUAUCUUUCUGCUUAGGAAUUGAUUUGUAAGAUUAUUUUAAACUAACUGAAGGGUUGUUGUUGUUGAUAAGAUGCCAGUUGAUCUGGAAUCUCUGUCUGAGGCGACAUCAGGGGCCAUUGGAGCUCUUUUGAGCACCACGAUCCUGUAUCCGUUGGAUACAUGUAAGACCAAGUAUCAGGCCGAUGCUGGAGUUCAAGGCAAGCCCAGAUAUCGGAACCUGACCGACGUUUUCUUCGAAGCUAUAUCUAACAAUCAAGUGCUUUCUUUAUACCAAGGCCUUGGAACGAAGAAUCUUCAAUCCUUCAUCUCUCAGUUUGUCUAUUUCUAUGGGUAUAGUUACUUCAAAAAAUUGUAUUUGGAAAAGAGUGGUUCAAAAUCCAUUGGAACUAAAGCAAACCUGAUCCUUGCUGCUGCUGCUGGGGCUUGCACAGCCAUUGUUACUCAGCCAUUGGAUACUGCCUCUUCAAGGAUGCAAACGAGUGCCUUUGGGAAAUCAAAAGGACUUGGUCAAAUUUUAACUGAGGGCAGUUGGAGUGAUGCAUUUGAUGGUUUAGGCAUCUCUCUUUUGUUGACUUCAAAUCCUGCAAUUCAGUAUACAGUUUUUGAUCAGCUGAAACAAAGACUUCUGAAGAGUGACCAGAAGAUAUCAGAGGGAUCUCCUCCACUAGCUCUCUCAGCUUUCUCAGCAUUUGUCUUGGGUGCAAUCUCGAAGAGCAUUGCUACUUGUCUCACUUACCCGGCUAUUAGGUGUAAGGUCAUGAUUCAAGCGGCUGAUGACCAAAGCGACAAAAUGGUGAUUAAUGAUGACAACAAGAAAGGAAGACGAAAAAGGUCACCGAAGACUAUAAGUGGAACAUUUUAUUCGAUUUGGAGAAAAGAAGGGUUGAAGGGUUAUUUCAAAGGACUAGAUGCACAAAUAUUGAAAACUGUAUUGAGCUCAGCAUUACUUCUGAUGAUAAAGGAAAAAGUAGCUUCAUUCACUUGGAUUCUAAUUCUUGCCAUCAGAAGAUACAUUUUUCUCACACCAACAAGGUUGAAGAAUGUUUAAGCAAGCUUAUGAUGAUGAUGAUGAUGAUAUGGAUUAUUGAUUGCAGGUUUAAACAAUUCAGACAUUUCUAUGUUGAUUUUAUUAGUUUUGUUUGUGAUUAAGAAUUUUUGAAUUGAAUUGUCAAGCAAAAUCAUCUAAAAUUAUCUGAUUCGACUUGGUUAUCAAGAAUAAAUCUGAACUUGUUUAAAUAUAUAGAUGGAUAUUAAUUGGGUCAUUUUGAAAAUAUUUUAUUGUUUAUGAUGGUUAUCUCA